GGCGACUGCAAUUACGGCUCGAACGUGCGCGAUGCUGCCUGCUACUGUUGCUGGGCCUUUGCUCGCGCCUACAAAGCUUCCGAUUUCGCUGCUCAUGUGGAGGUCAUUUCUCGAAAGCUGAUUUUGUCGGCCCUCUUCGACAGGGAGCUGAACGUUCGCAGAGCUGCAGCUGCGGCUUUUCAAGAAAAUGCCGGAAGACAGGUUCGUUA